UGACCCAAAUCUCCACUUUGCUCCUCCUCUCUAUAUAACCCUUUCCAACCCCCUUCUCUCUCAUCAUCUGACCCUUUCGCUUCCGUCUCUCAUCCUUUCUCUCUUAUUUCUGUUUCCAAAGUAAAUCUAACUCCAUCUAAUGGCGGAGACACCAUCCAAGCGCCUCAGAGAUGAAGCUCAAAUAGAAGAUGUUGUUGUUGAUGAAACUAAUAAGCGCCAUAAAUCAUAUAACCACAUACUCUCUCUUCUUGAAGAAGAAGAAGAUGAGCCAACCCAAGACCUGUCUUCUCUCAUCACUACCCUUCAGCAAGAACUCUCCUCUGAGUCUACCUUCGACGACCCUUUUUCUUGUCCCACCACAGCAACUGUUCAAGAAAACCCUACUACUGCUGUAACAACCAGCGUAGAAGACUGCCCAUCAUCCUCUUCUUCUUCUUCGUCUUCUUCUACCUUGUUCAAGGAGGAUGAGGAAGAUGAUAAGGAAAGAGUUAUAAGGCAUCUUCUUGAAGCAUCUGAUGACGAGCUUGGGAUUCCAAAUAGAGAAGCUGUUUGUAGUGUUGAAGAUGUCUACGGAGAAGCUCUUUUUAGUAGUGGCAAUGAGUUCAAUGAAGUGGAUGGGUUCUCCCUCUGCAAUGGGUUGUGGGAAUUUGAAGAUGCUAACGCCAACUACUAUGCCUUGUUGCAAUCUGAACUAUUCCUGUAGCUAGCCAGCGUUUUUUUUAUCUAAUUUGGGGGAGAGGGGGGGGGGGGGGUUGGAACGAAAAGUAAAGAAAUAGUGUGGGGUUGAAAAGAUGAAAAAGUAAGUGGGAGGAAAAUAUAAAAUUGGAAACUAUUUUUAGGUUUCCUUUUUUGCCCCCUCUUUUUUUUUCUUUGUAAAGAAUGUCAACUAGCCCUUACCCUCCUUUAAUUUCAAAUCUGAAAAUGAUUAAAAUGUAGACCAACAAAAUAUAUUCCUCACUAUAUAUUCAAAUUUCUUAUUUUUCCA